AUGAAUUUCCGGUUUGCAAGAAAUAAUGAUAACACCAACCACAUUAGGAAAAGAAAUCAUUCUCCAGACCCUAUAGGAAUUGAUAAUUAUAAAAGAAAAAGACUAAUAAUAGACUUAGAAAACCUAUCUUUAAGUGAUAAAGGGCCUAAGAAGGUACAUUUAGAUGACAACAAUCACGUUCAAAAUAAUAUAGCGUUCUCAGAUUCCAUUCGUGAUAAAGCUCUGAGAGAGAUCUUAAAAUGUUCAGCAAAUAAAUCCCACGAUAAUGAGUCGUUUUAUGACAGAAUAUGGGAACGUUUUAGAGAAGAAAAACUACAAGUGAUAAAAUGGGCAGAUUAUAAGGAAGUUGUUUAUUUAAACUGGUGGAGGUGGUUCCAUGAUCAAUUGGCUUCACAGUGCACUUAUGAUGAAGAGGCCGACACUGACGUCGAAAUGUCGGCAAUGGAUACAGAUGUGGAUAUGGAUGCAUAA